AUGUCUCACCAUUUUUCAAGAGCGGAGAAAGGCAGAGUGACAAACCCGACGAUCCAGAAGACUAGGGCCCUGGUUGACUUCUUCUUACAGCACUGGAACGUAGUUGGAAGGUUAACAGGCCGAGCUCUGGGGCCUGCUCUGUUUCAAUUUGGUUUUGAGUCUGAAAAAGACCUCCAAACCAUUCUCUCUAAGGCGCCGUUUCAUUUCAAGAAAUGGAUGAUAAUUCUACAAAGGUGGGAACCUAUAGUCUCGGAUGAAUUCCCUAACCGCAUCCCCUUCUGGGUCAACAUCCAUGGUAUCCCUCUCCAUUAUUGGAAUGAUCAAACCAUUGAUGCUAUCGGCCCGGUUUUAGGUCACAUUGAUGUCAAAGAUGCUGAUAAAGCCCGAAUCCGUGUCUUGGUGGACGGCCUUAAACCACUUAUCAUGAAGAUGGAUUUACAACUCCCCUCGGGUGAUGUUGUUGAAAUAGAAAUAGAGUACGAAAACCUACAGAAACAUUGCUUCUACUGCAAGUCUCUAAGCCAUGAAGAUGACGAUUGCCAGACUCGAGCGGAGGUACGACAUCAGAAGGAAGAUAGGAGAAACCUGGGCAUCUCUCAACAGAACACUUUAGAUAGCAUUGAGGAAGGUAAACAGAGACAAGAUGAUAGGAAACGGGCCCGCAACUACCCGCCAUCUCUUCAAGGCGGAGCCCGCUGGACUAAUUACAAAUGA